AAAACCCUCGCUAUUCACACAAAGGAACACAAAAAUGGCAGCUUUCCCUCGUCUUCUCCUCCGAGCUAGGGUUUCCAUCGGGCCUUCUUCGCAAGCCCUAAAUCAAUGCAACAGAGCCAUGCAAUCGGAGGUGUUAACACCGAGCUCUCGCUUACUGAUAUCUCGCUCCAAGAGACGCAUCAUUCCCAGGUUACCCUUGGAUUCGAGCUGUCUGGUAUCGAUGCAACCUCUGCACAAUGCGAUCGCGUCGGCGCGGCUGAAGUCGGUCCUCGCUGCGGAGUCGCAGAGCUGGGGAUUGGUUCCACAAGGGAUGUCAAUGCCUUUAUGACAGUUUCUACUUGUCGACAGGGUCAUGGGUUUGGCACUAGAUCCAUGGAUUUUGUUGCUUAUUUUCUGAAAAAAUUCUGAGAUGUCAAGAUUAUAUUUGUAACAUCACAAGUGCUCUCUCUACUAUUUUGGCUUAAUCCUGACAUAAAACAGCUAUAAUUUCUUGAUGGGUGCUGUUUGGAAAUAACAGAAUUUUGUCAUUGGUGAUUUGGAUUCAUGUUUUUCUAGCGUAUCUAGUACAGUGAAAAUUUUAUGUGCGUUUGCAUCCUGUCCAAGUAA